AAAACCAAAGCCUACCCCCCUCACCUCUCUAUUCCUCCUCGUGACACCACCAUCAUCAUCAUCAUCACUCUCUCUAUAUUCUCUUUCAUGGAGGGACGACUCUGACCUUGCCUGGUCUUCGGUAGCUGUCGCUAUCAAUUUAGGGUAAAUUGCUUCAGUUCUUGAAUUUGAUUUUGGAAGUUUUUUGUUUUAGAUCUUUGGGAAAGGUGUUGUCAUGGCGGAGGGAGGGAAGAGUGGACUGAUAUUGAAGCUAAUUGAUAUUGUGAAUGAGAUUUCGGCAAUAUCGGAUUAUCGAUGUACGGUGAGGAAGCCGUUUUUCAACCUAGCACGAAGGUUAAAGCUUUUGAGUCCACUGUUUGAAGAGAUUCGUGAUAUCAAAGACUCUCUUCCUGAUGAUUCUUACCGAUCUUUGCUUUCGUUGAUGGAGGCUUUGGAAUCUGCUAAGGAGUUGCUUCGAUUAGGGAGUGAAGCCAGCAAGAUUUAUUUGGCGCUGGAGAGAGAAGAAACCAUGAGAAAGUACCAGAAAGUUACAGCUCGUUUGGAGCAAGAUUUAGAUGGCAUUUCUUUUGAAAAACUCGACAUAUCAGAUGAAGUUAAAGAACAGGUUGCACUUGUUCUUGCUCAGUUCAGAAGAGCUAAAGAUAGAAUCGAUGCACCAGAUGCUGAGUUGAGUGAAGAUCUUUCAUCCCUUUACAACAAAGGUAGUGAUGUGGUGGCAGAUCCAGCUGUCUUAAGGAGAUUAGUUGAAAAACUGCAGCUGACGGGAAUACAUGAUCUCACACAUGAAUCACUAACGUUGCAUGAAAUGGUUACUACUAGUGAUGGUGAUCCAGGAGAGACAAUAGAAAAGAUGUCAAUGUUACUAAAGCGAAUCAAGGAUUUUGUGCAGACGGAGAAUCCAAACGUAGAUUCACCACCCGGGGAAACCUCUGCUCCAACGACUUCAAGUGGACAUGAAACUUCAGUGAAAAAUCACAAGGGUACAGUUAUACCUGAUGAUUUCCGUUGUCCUAUAUCACUUGAGUUGAUGAAGGAUCCUGUUAUCGUCUCAACUGGGCAGACUUACGAGCGCUCGUGCAUAGAGAAGUGGUUGGCAGCAGGUCACGGCACAUGCCCCAAAACACAGCAAAAUCUGACGAGUACUGCCCUCAUACCCAACUACGUAUUACGUAGCCUCAUAGCCCAAUGGUGUGAGAACAAUGGAAUGGACCCACCACAACGUUCGGUUAGGUCCUCUUCUGCCUGCACCCCUGCAGAACGUUCCAUGAUAAACGUUCUCCUCUCGAAGCUCAAAUCCGUCAGUCCUGAUGACCAAAGGACUGCUGCCGGUGAAAUCCGCCUCCUUGCAAAAAGAAAUGCCGAUAACCGUGUCGCCAUUGCUGAAGCUGGCGCCAUCCCUCUUCUCACACACCUCCUGACUGCACCAGAUUCCCGCACACAAGAACAUGCAGUCACCGCUCUCCUCAACCUCUCCAUUUGUGAGGAAAACAAAGGUAGCAUCGUAUCCUCGGGGGCGGUCCCCGGGAUUGUUUUAGUGCUAAAGAAAGGCAGCAUGGAAGCACGAGAAAACGCAGCCGCCACCCUCUUCAGCCUGUCUGUAAUCGACGAAAACAAAGUAACAAUCGGGUCUUUAGGAGCAAUCCCGCCUCUUGUGUUGCUGUUAAGCGAAGGAACCCAAAGAGGAAAGAAGGACGCUGCAACCGCAUUAUUUAACCUCUGCAUAUAUCAAGGCAACAAGGGGCGGGCAGUGAGGGCAGGCGUAAUCUCGACUCUGAUGGAGCUGUUAACGGACCCACAAGGGGGGAUGAAAGAUGAAGCAUUGGCGAUUCUGGCGAUACUCUCGAGCCAUCCGGAAGGAAAGAUAGGGAUCGGGAAAGCGGAUGCGGUUGGAGUGUUGGUGGAGUUUAUGGGAAGUGGGUCACCAAGAAACAAAGAGAAUGCAGCUGCUGUUUUGGUGCAUUUGUGUUCAGGAGAUGAGAAGUAUCUGGUGGAGGCUCAAGAGAUGGGGGUGAUGGGGGUGCUGGUGGAUUUGGCACAUCAUGGUACAGACAGAGGGAAAAGGAAGGCUGGACAGUUGUUGGAAAAGAUAACCAGAUUGACAGAAAAACAGAAGUUGUUACAGCAGGAAAUGGAGUCAAAUAACAACUAGUAGCUCUGCUC